AUGGCAUGCGAGAUGAACUACUCUUUGCUAAAGAGGAUGUGUUGUGCCUUGGUAUGGGCAGCUCAUCGUCUAAGGCAGUAUAUGUUGAAUUACACUACUUGGUUGGUGUCCAAAAUGGAUCCCGUCAAGUACAUCUUCGAAAAGCCCGCUCUCACUAGACGGAUAGCUCGAUGGCAGGUUCUGUUGUCAGAAUUAGAUAUUGUCUAUGUCACUCAGAAGGCAAUAAAGGGGAGUGCCUUGAGGAGGUCGAGGAGGAGGACCAAGAUAAGUGGAUCGUGUGGUUUUGACGGGGCGUCUAAUGCAUUAGGCCAUGGAAUUAGGGCAGUAUUGGUUUCCCCAAACAAACAAUAUAUACCUUUCACGACUAGGUUGUGCUUCGACUGCACAAACAACAUAGCAGAGUACGAGGCAUGUGCCCUGGGGAUCCGAGCAACAAUCGACUUUAGGGUCAAGUUACUCAAGGUAUACAGGGACUCGACAUUGGUAAUUCAUCAGUUGAAAGGUGAAUGGAAGACCAGGGACCACAAAUUGGUACCUUACCAGGCUUACAUCAGGAAGUUGAUGGAAUUCUUUGAUGACAUAUCUUUUCAUCACAUUCCUAGAGAGGAAAAUCAGAUGGCCGACGCCUUUGCCAUUCUAGCGUCCCUGUUCAAAGUAAGCCCGCACAGAGAUUUGUCAUACAUCGAAUUCAGAUGUCGUAGUAAGCCUGCACAUUGUUGUUUGAUAAAAGAAGAGGAGGAUGGUAAGCCUUGGUACUUCGAUAUCAAACGAUACAUUGAAGACAACGAAUACCCGCCUGAGGCCUCUGACAAUGACAAGAGGAUGUUACGAAGGUUGGCAGCCAGUUUCCUCCUGAGUGGAAAUAUCUUGUACAAGAGAAACCAUGACAUGGUGUUGCUUCGGUGUGGGAUGCAAGAGAGGCAGAACAAAUACUAA